GUGCUCCUGCUGGCCAUGGCGGUCAGUUUUGGAAUCAAGUCAUGGAUCGAGGGCGGUGUGAUCUGCGCCGUCAUCGUCUUGAAUAUCGUCGUCGGCUUUUUUCAGGAAUAUGCCGCCGAAAAGACCAUGGAGUCUUUGCAUUCGUUGAGCUCGCCCACUGGAACUGUUUCUCGUGGUGGUCAUACCUUCUCGAUCCCGUCGACAGACAUUGUGCCUGGCGACAUGGUCGAGUUGAGGACUGGCGAUACCGUCCCGGCUGACAUCAGAUUGGUUGAAGCAGUUAAUUUCGAUACGGACGAGGCGCUUCUCACUGGAGAAUCCCUUCCUGUUACCAAAGAAUGUGACUCAACAUUCAAGGAAGACACGGGUCCCGGAGAUCGUCUCAACAUCGCCUACAGUUCCAGUACUGUGACAAGAGGCCGCGCCCGAGGCGUGGUCAUUGGAACGGGCAUGGCGACUGAGAUCGGUUCGAUUGCCGCUGCCCUGCGAGCCAGUAAUAGCAAAAAGCGUCAAGUCAAGCGUGGCCCCAACGGCGAGACCAAGAAGAGAUGGUAUCUCCAGGCUUGGACCCUGACUGGCACCGACGCUGUAGGCCGCUUCCUGGGUGUCAACGUCGGUACUCCGCUGCAGAGGAAGCUGUCUAAACUCGCUAUCCUAUUGUUCGGCGUUGCGGUGCUCUUUGCGAUAGUCGUCAUGGCUGCCAACUUGUUUAGUAGCAACAACGAGGUGAUCUUGUAUGCUGUCGGAACUGGCCUCAGUAUGAUUCCUGCAUGCUUGGUCGUCGUUCUCACCAUUACCAUGGCUGUUGGAACCAAACGCAUGGUCGAACGAAACGUGAUAGUCCGCAAACUGGAUUCGCUCGAGGCUUUGGGGGCAGUCACGGAUAUCUGCUCGGAUAAAACUGGCACGUUGACGCAGGGCAAAAUGGUGGUCAAGAAAGCGUGGAUUCCUUCUCGAGGAACAUACUCGGUCGGAACCUCAAAUGAGCCUUUCAAUCCCACGGUCGGAGAUGUGACUUUCACGCCUUUGCCUCCAAUGCAGUUCGAUGACGAAAAGGAGGGCCCUCCUGCAGAAAGCGUGGAGGAUCUUGUCGUUGGAAACCGCCAGCUCGAGGACUUUUUGGACGUCGCAUCCAUGGCCAAUCUCUCUCACGUCUAUAAGUCCGAGGAGGGUGAAUGGAGUGCCCGUGGAGAACCUACAGAGAUUGCGAUUGAAGUGUUCGCUUCGAGAUUUAACUGGAACCGAGAUCGCUGGACAAAAGGCCCGGGUGCCUUGUGGCAUCAGACGGCAGAAUUUCCUUUCGACUCGACGGUCAAGAAGAUGUCGGUUAUCUUCACCAAGAUUACAUCCCAGGAAGAGCGCCAGAUGGUUUUCACCAAAGGUGCGGUCGAGCGCAUUGUCGAAUCCUGCACCACAGUGAUCUGGGACCAAGAUUCCUCGACUCCCGUGCCCAUGACCGAUGAUCUCCGUGGACAAAUUUUCCAGAACAUGGAGGAGCUCGCCAAAAUGGGUCUGAGGGUGCUAGCUCUAGCACACAGGCCUUACGUGGAAAAAACUCGGCUCAUCGAAGGCUCUGACCUCGAGCGCGACGAGAUCGAAAAGGACCUCUGUUUCCUGGGGCUCAUCGGUCUGUAUGAUCCACCCCGUCCGGAGACUGCAGCAUCCAUUCAAGCGUGCUUUCAAGCCGGGAUUGAGGUGCACAUGGUCACCGGAGACCAUCCUGGAACCGCGAAGGCCAUCGCGCAGCAAGUCGGAAUUGUUCCCUCUGAUCUUAGCGCCGUUGCUGCUGAUGUUGCCGAAGCUAUGGUCAUGACCGCGGGCGAAUUCGACAAACUGACCGACUCCGAAGUGGACGCUCUCCCUACUUUACCUCUUGUCAUCGCACGAUGCGCACCUCAGACUAAAGUCCGAAUGAUCGAUGCCCUGCAUCGACGCGGUCGCUUCGCAGCCAUGACCGGCGACGGAGUCAACGAUUCACCCUCUCUGAAACACGCAGACGUCGGAAUCGCUAUGGGCCAAGCAGGCUCCGACGUGGCCAAAGACGCCUCGGAUAUCAUCCUCACGGACGACAAUUUCGCAUCCAUCCUGAACGCCGUCGAAGAAGGCCGUCGCAUCUUCGACAAUAUCCAGAAAUUCGUCCUCCACCUGCUCGCUGAGAAUAUCGCGCAGGCGUGCACGCUGUUGAUCGGGCUAGCCUUCAAAGACAAAGACGGCCAAUCCGUGUUUCCUCUCGCCCCUGUCGAAAUUCUCUGGAUCAUCAUGAUCACCUCCGGAAUGCCCGACAUGGGUCUCGGAAUGGAGGUCGCCGCGCCCGACAUCAUGGACCGCCCGCCGCAAACCAAGCAGGGUAUCUUCACCUGGGAAGUGAUCAUCGACACCCUAGUCUACGGCUUCUGGACCGCCGCGCUCUGCCUCUCGGCAUUCUCCAUCCGCAUGUGGGGAUUCGGCGACGGCAAUCUCGGCCGCGGCUGCAAUCGCGAAUACUCGGAGGAAUGCGAGCUGGUGUUCCGCGCCCGAGCCACCACUUUCGUUUGUUUAACGUGGUUCGCGCUCUUCUUGGCCUGGGAGAUGGUUAAUAUGCGGAGAUCGUUCUUCCGCAUGCAGCCCAAGUCCAAGAAGUAUUUCACGCAGUGGAUGCACGACGUGUGGCGCAAUCAGUUCCUCUUCUGGUCCAUCAUGGCCGGCUGGAUCACCAUUUUCCCCAUCAUAUAUAUCCCUGUGAUCAACCAUGUCGUGUUCAAGCACACGGUUAUCUCCUGGGAAUGGGGCAUUGUGUUUGUCGAGGCUCUGCUCUUUUUCAUGGGCGUCGAGCUCUGGAAGUUGGUUAAACGGGUCUUCUUCCGCCGGAUGAAGAGCAGCAAGGGAGAUAAUGGUCAAAUGGAGUCUCACAUGCUUCCUUAACAGUUGCUUCCCCUGGUCCAAGCAUAUGGGUCAGGGUGAUACAGAUCACUUGGUUUAUGGAAUCGCGACUCGGGAACUGGCUAACUGGUAAUAUGGACUUUUGAACACCGGAUAGGAGAUGAAGAAUAGGAGAGAUGGUGGUAGGGGUUUUCAUUCAUAGUCACUCGUUUGCCACGGUGCCUGGCAGUUUGGUACCAGGGGUAGUUUAUAGAUAGUGCCGUGUUAGGUGUUAUAGGGUAAUUUGAUAGCAGAUAGCAGCGGGUAGAGUAAGUGGGGAAAAAAUCUAAACUUUUACAAGGUGGAAGAAUGUCGCAUGCAGUAACAAAUGAGUUUUCAG